AUGCCGCCGGCGCCGCCAUCAUCGUGUGCUACGUUUGCUGUGCGAAUUGAUUCACUAACUUUGGUUCAGUGCGACGAGAAGAGGCCUUGCACCGCGUGCGUGAGGCAUGGCACCGAGUGUAGCCUUGUCCAGGGACCGCCGUCGGCUGCAACAUCACCCGACGAGCAGCAACAUGCAUCACCACCAGGGGACAUGGGUCUGAGCACUGUUCGGAGCAGCAGCAAUGGCAGCUUUGACCGUCCAGUGCCAGGGCCAGCAGCGAUGCUCCGACGGGACCUGUCCGCCUCUGGUUCGCAGCAAACACGCCCCAUUUCGUCGUCGACGCCCCUCUCGACGCCCGACCGUGAUCCGUACGCCGUCGUGCCCAUCGGGACGUGGUAUACCGACCUCGAGCUCAUGCACCACUACUCCACCAGUGCCUAUCUCACCCUGCCGCGGUCUGCAGACCUUCAGCACGUCUGGCAGCUUGAGAUCCCCAAGAUCGCCCUCACUCACCGUCGCGCCGCGUACGCAUUGACGGCCUCGCAGCAUCAGACCGAUGCCGGUGGCCGGCAUGCGUGCGGCUCUCCCACGCAUCACGGCUGCCAAAUGCGACCCCCUAUUCGCUGCGUCGUCCGCUCCUCCUCCUUAAGCGCCUACGCUAUGUUUCCGCAUCAGCAGCAGUGCUCGAGUCCCGAUCAGCCGCUGCCGUCCCCGACGGUCGACAACAUUCUCGACGUGUUCCUCCUCAUCCGCGGCAUGAGCGAGAUUCUCGACGCGUCCGAGCUACUGAUCCGCCGCGGCACGCUUGGCCACCUGUUCGCCCAAGAGACGGCACCGCCGACAUCAACGCCGCUUCUCGACUCGGUAGCAGCACGCCUGACGACCUUCAACGCAGCUAUCGAUCCCACCAACAUUAUCGUCGCACGCGAACUCGAGGGCCUGAUCAGCUGGAUACACCGUGCAACGGCUACCACGGCGAUGCCGGAGAAUCGCAUCGCGUUGACAUGGCCCAUUGACCUGUCGGGCGACUACAUCUCUCUACUGCGGCAGCGAGACCCUGCGGCCUUGUCGCUUCUCGCAUACUACUGCGUCAUCGUCUCGGCUGUCGAGCCGACGACCUGGUACAUGCAGGGAUGGGGACGCAAUGCCCUGUGCUCUAUCGAAGAGUGCCUGUCGCCGGCUUGGAAGGAGCUGAUUGAGUGGCCUCUCUUGUUUGCCACUGGUCGGGAGACCUCCCUACCAUCCACGAGCCCAGAACCUCGCAUCUCGAUCAUGAAGCAGAGAUUCUCGUCCCUUGACGUCAAGGUCAUCGCCCACGAGCUCCACGAAAGUCUCGUCACGCUUCGACUGGCCAACGUCUACGACCUGUCCUCCAAGAUCCUACUUCUGAAGUUUGCGAAGCCCGACAAUAAGAAGCAGAUUCUCAUCGACUCGGGCUUCCGCUGCCACCUAACCGACUUUGCGCGCACCACCGCUGCUGCCCCUUCCGCCUUUGUGGCGCGUUUGCGCAAGUUCCUCAAGACAAGACGCUUGACGGCCGUGUCACAAGUCGGAACCGACAGAAUAAUCGAGUUUACAUUCAGCGAUGGGCAGUACCGACUCUUCCUCGAGUUUUUCGCCAGCGGCAACGUCAUCCUGACCGACGCCGAGCUCCGCAUCUUGACCCUGCUGCGGAACGUUCCCGAGGGCGAGGGCCAGGAACCCCAGCGCGUCGGACUCAGCUACUCCCUCGACAACAGGCAAAACUUUGGCGGCGUCCCGCCCCUGACGAGAGAGAGGCUGCAGAAUGCACUGAGGGUCAUGGCGGCCAAGGCCGCCAACGCGCCGACGACUGGGAAGAAGAAGAUCAAGCCAGGCGACCAGCUCAGGAAGGGCCUCGCCACGACCAUUACUGAACUGCCUCCGAUGCUCGUCGACCACGCGUUCCAGGUCACUGGAUUUGACCCGACAAAGACGCCGGCCGAGCUCCUCGACAGCGACGCUCUGCUCGACAGUCUGCUGCAUGCCCUGACUGUCGCCAGAAAGGUCGUCGAAGACGCCACGAGCUCGGCCACGACGACGGGCUAUGUCAUUGCGAAAUACAGGCAAAAGAGCGAGGAGACGGAAGAAAAGCCGGACGACGGUGCCGAGACGAAGCGUGAAGAUCUUCUCUACGACGAUUUUCACCCGUUUCUGCCGCAAAAGUUUGCCGACGACCCUUCCGUCAAGGUCCUCACGUUUGACGGCUUCAACAAGACGGUGGACGAGUUCUUCUUCCUCGCUCGAGGGCCAGAAACUCGAGAGGCCCAGUCGCUGAACGAGCAAAAGGCCGCCGCCAUCGAGGCCAACGUCGAGCGCGUGCAGGAGGCCAUGGAUGCCGUCAACGGUCUCGUCCAGCAGGGCAUGGACUGGGUCAACAUCGGCAAGCUCAUCGAGCGGGAGCAGAAGCGGCACAACCCUAACCUCAUGACGCUUCUGCUCGGCACGGAGGCUGUCGAGGACGAGGACGAGGCCUACGAGACCGGAUCGGACGCAUCCGACAGUGAGGAUGACGAAGACGGUGCCAAGGCCAAGGGUGCCGACCGGCGGCUGCAGAUCGAGAUCAAUCUCGGCCUGUCGCCUUGGGCCAACGCGCGAGAGUACUACGACCAGCGGCGGACGGCCGCCGUCAAGGAGCUGAAGACGGUGCAGCAUUCGACCAUGGCGCUGAAGAAUGCCGAGAAGAAGAUCACGGAAGAUCUGAAAAAGGGGCUCAAGCAGGAGAAGGCGGUUCUGCAGCCGAUACGGAAGCAGAUGUGGUUCGAAAAGUUCAUCUGGUUCCUCUCGUCCGACGGCUACCUGGUGCUCGGCGGCAAGGAUGCCCAACAGAACGAGACGCUGUACAAGCGGUACCUGCGUAAGGGCGACGUGUACUGCCACGCCGACAUGCACGGCGCCGCGACGGUCAUUGUCAAGAACAAGCAGGACACGCCGGACGCGCCGAUCCCGCCGUCGACGCUGGCGCAGGCCGGCAUGCUGUCGGUCUGCAGCUCGAGCGCGUGGGACUCCAAGGCCGGCAUGGGCGCCUGGUGGGUCAGGGCCGACCAGGUGUCCAAGUCGGCGCCAACGGGGGAGUACCUGCCCGCGGCAGCUUUCAUGGGUGCGGGGCCAGGAAGGAACUUCCUGCCCCCCGGCCGCCCGCUGGGUGCUGGGGCCUUCGGCAUUCAUGUUUCAGGAUCAGUUGAGGGAGAGGCAAGGCCAAAGCACGUUGAAGGCACAGGCUUGCGGGGGCGGAUGAAGAGCCCCGGGCGGGUUGCCGUUCGGGGGGUUACGAAACUUGCUUCCCCGACAGCCCGGCUGGACCGUUGGUUUAAUGGGCGAUGA